AUCGUUUACUUUUGGACAUCAUGGCAGAAGGUGUUGUGGUUGGAGCUUUUCUGUCAUCUUUUCUUGAGGUGGUUUUCGACAGGCUCUCAUCACCUCAGUUUGUGAACUUGAUCCAGGGAAAGAAGCUUGACCAACACUUGCUUGAAAGGUUGAAGUCUGCUCUGUAUGCCGUUCAAUCUGUGGUUAAUGAUGCAGAGCAUAAACAAAUAAAUGACCCGGCUGUGAAGAACUGGCUCCAUGAUCUCAAAGAUGCAGUCUAUGUGGCAGAUGAUUUGUUGGACCAAGUUUCUACUGCUGCUGCCACUCAAAAUGAGGUGAGCAACUUUUUGUCUAUCUUUCUCAAUUUGCGAGACAGAAAGGUGGCAAAUAAGAUACAAGACAUCACUAGCAAACUAGAAUAUAUUGUAAAAUACAAAGAUGUUCUUGGUUUGCAAGAGGUUGGGAGGGAGCACUUCUCAUGGAGAGCUCCAUCAACUUCUUUGUUAGAAGGGUAUAAUGUAUAUGGCAGAGAUCAAGACAGAGAGACAAUGGUCAAAUUGUUGUUAGAUGAUGGAAGUGAUGACAACAUAUCUGUGAUGCCUAUUGUGGGGAUGGGUGGUGUUGGGAAAACCACGUUAGCCCAAUUGAUGUACAAUGAUGAGAAUUUGAUGAACAAGUUUGAAUUGAAAGGUUGGGUUUGUGUUUCUGAGGAAUUUGAUGUUUUUAAGGUUACAAAGACACUAAUAGAGGCAGUUACCUUUCGUGCUUGUAACAUGAAGGAUCUAAAUUCACUUCAACUAGAUUUGAAGAAAAUCUUGACAGGAAAAAAAUUCUUUGUUGUUUUAGAUGAUGUUUGGAAUGAUGACUACAAUGGUUGGUGUAGUCUUAUAAAACCAUUUUUGUAUGGAUUGAGGGGAAGUAAAAUUCUUGUAACAACUCGUAGUGAAAAGGUAGCUUCAAUAGUCCAAACUUGUCCCCCUUACUAUCUAAAUCAUUUAUCAGAUGAACAUUGUUGGUCACUGUUUGCAGACCAUGCUUGUUUUCCAAAAUCUAAUGGGAAUUCAACUCUAGAAAAAAUUGGUAGAGAAAUUGUUACUAAGUGUAAGGGGUUACCCUUAGCGGCACAAACACUUGGAGGCCAAUUACGGACAAAACGUUAUAUCAAGGAUUGGAAUACUAUACUGGAUAAGGAACUUUGGGAAUUCCCUGUAAUCAUUCCAACUUUGAGAAGAAGUUAUUACCAUCUCCCUUCACAUCUAAAACGUUGCUUUGUUUAUUGUUCUUUGUACCCCAAGAACUAUAAAUUUGUUAAAGAUGAAUUAAUCUUACUAUGGAUGGCAGAAGAUCUUUUAGAGCAACCAAAGAGAGGAAAGACUAUAGAAGAAGUUGGUUCUGAGUAUUUUGAUGAUUUGGCUUCUAGAUUAUUUUUGAAGCAAUUUAAAACAGAUGAUGAUCAGACAUUUGUGAUGCACGAUCUCAUAAAUGACUUAGCAAUAUCUCUUGCUGGAGAUUUUUAUUUUAGAUCAGAAGAACUUGGGAGAGAAGACAAGAUUAAUUUCCACACUCAUCAUUUGUCAUAUGGGAGUUUGAGUCAUCCGAUCUCAAAAAAUUUUGAUGCCAUUGUUGAACUAAAAACUUUGAGGACAUUUCUGCAAAUCAAAUUCUCACCCCCUUCAUUCAGCUUUGAAAGCACAGCAUUGAUCAUAUUAUCAAAAUUCAAGUACCUAAGAGUUUUGUCAUUUUCCUGCUGUCGGGAACUUGAAGAAUUGCCUGAUUUAGUUGGUGAAUUAAUCCAUCUGCGUUACUUGGACCUCUCAAAGACAAGUAUACAAACAUUGCCAGAAUCAUUGAGUAACUUGUUCAAUCUACAGACAUUGAAGCUGUUAGAAUGUAUUAAGCUGACUAUGCUGCCAAGUGGGAUGCAAAAUCUUGAGAACUUGCGACAUCUUGAUAUAAGGGGAACUAGUUUAGAAGUGAUGCCUCAAGGAAUGAGCAAAUUAAAACAUUUGCAGGUUUUAAGUUACUUUGUAGUGGGAAAGCAGGAAGAGAAUGGCAUCAAAGAACUAGGAGAACUUUCAAAUCUUCAUGGAUCCCUAUGGAUUAGGAAAUUAGAAAAUAUUACCGAUGGUGGAGAAGCUGGGGAGGCAAGGAUAAUGUAUAAGACACACAUCAAAGAUUUAUCCUUGGAAUGGUCUUCGGGUGUUGAUUUAGUUACAACCUCCACAAUCACUGAAAGAGAAAUACUUGAAGAGUUACAACCGCACAAAGGCCUUAAAGUUCUAUCGAUCAACACUUACAGGGGCACAUUAUUUCCACAUUGGGUAGGGCAUUCUUCGUACCACAACAUGACUCGUGUAAUUCUCUUUUCAUGUAGCAAUUGUUGUAUGCUUCCUUCACUUGGACAACUACCGCUACUCAAGUUCUUAGAGAUCCAAGAUUUUAAUGGGGUGGAAACAAUUGGUGCUGAGUUCUACAAGAAUGACAAUGAUCAUCAUUCUUCAUUGGAAAUACCCUUUCCUUGCUUGGAGUGUCUUUCAUUUGGUAGAAUGCCAUGCUGGAAGGCGUGGCAUUCAAUAGAACCCGACAAUGUUUUUCCUCAACUGAAGCAGUUGACAAUAUUUGAUUGUCCCAUGUUAACAGGCGAUUUGCCUAAUCACCUUCCUGCUUUAGAAACACUUGAGAUUCAUAAAUGUGUGAAUCUUAUUUCUUCUCUCCCAAUGGCUCCUGCAAUUUGCGAAUUAAUGAUAGAUGAAAGUCAUAGAGUAGUGUUGCAAUCACAAGAGUUACCAAUUUCACUGCAGUCUCUAUCAGUUGGAGGAUGUGAGCUCGUGGAGUCCGUGUUUAAGGCCAUAGCCAUCCACCAACCAACUAGUCUCCAAUUUUUAAGCAUCUCAGAUUGUUCUUCGGACAUAUCAUUGUCCUUAAACUGUUUACCAAAAUGCUUGAAACAAUGUCAAAUUUUGAACUGUGAAAAACUAGAAUUCCUAAAGCACGAGCAGCAACACAAUUCGCUGGAGUCAUUGGAACUGGACAAGAGCUGCGACUCACUCACUUGGCUCUCGUUGGAGGCGUUUCCUAGUCUCAAGAUCUUGGAAUUGAAAGGCUGCAGAAAUUUGGAAUCUAUUUCGAUGCCACGGUGGCGAGAUUCCGCUCUCGACGAACUCUUCAUCCGUGACUGCCCCAACUUCACGUCGUUUCCCGAACAAGGAUUGACUGCGUCCAACAUGAAUUACUUCACGGUGAUGGGAUGCGACAAGUUGAAGUCAUUGCCUCGUGACAUGAAAACCCUUCUCCCGAAGUUAAAGCGUAUGGAAAUAAGUGAUUGCCCAGAGAUUGAUUCGUUUCCGCAAGGGGGUUUGCCGCCGAAGAUGGAAGCACUUGUGAUCCUGAAUUGUGAGAAACUAUUGAGGGGCCUAUCAUCAAUGGGCACGUCUCAGGCUUUGGGUCUCAGUUUUCUUAGCAUUGGUGGUGUAUUCUGUGAGAGCGUGAAGUCAUUCCAGAGGAGGGUUUGGUGCCUCAGCUUCCCUCUUUGAGGACUCUGCAUUUGUGUGAGCUGCCGAAUCUGGAGAUGUUGAACUGCAAGGAGCUUCUCGGCCACGCAUCCCUCCAACAGUUGACAAUUGAAUACUGUCCCAAGCUGGAGAAUAUGGAGGGAAGUUUGCCGCUAUCUCUUGCCAAAUUCCAAGUGUUUCAAAGUCCUUUGCUGGAAGAACGGUGCAAGAUGAAGCACCCGCAAAUUUGGCCUAAAAUUUCCCACGUCCCUGGCAUUCGGGUUGACGGGAAGUGGAUAUCAUGAUGAAUCAAGGACUUUCAUUCUGGUUCGCACGUGGAGGUCACAAUGGUGAUGGCAAUGACAAUAUUGAUGGUGAAAGAAACUAAAUCACCAUGCCCAAUGCCAAAUCACUUGUGUCCAAGGAGAAUGAGAUAGGGAGGCCUUGUGUAUAUCAAGAUUAGUGUCAUUAAUUGCACACUCGACGUUAUUCUUCAGUCUUUACUUGACCCAUAUUCAAUGCUAUUCAACUCGUGAUAGACAUCGUUGAGGUAGAAAGUCACUCCAAAUACUGUACACCUGUCUAGUACUUUUAGAAUUUUUUAUGCGAUCUUGUACUUUACUCAA